CACACCUGCGCAUCCUUAGUUCUGUGGCCACCAUGCGGCGCUGCCAUGGCCUCUCCAUACCUUGGGUGCGCCAGGCGCGGCGGAAACCGCUUCCGCAGCAGAUUCAUCGAAUGCGCAGUUUCGCUGGAACGUCGACUUCCAUGCCGUCUUCGGUGAUGAUCUUGGACAUGGACGGGGUGUUGUACAAAAACGCGGCGGUGGAAGGGCGCAUUGUUCAAAGAUUGGAGGAAGAGACUCGUCGCCUUGGCUUGGCUCCGAGCGCGUGCCAGCGGCUCUAUGAGGAUUAUGGCGCCACCAUGCGAGGACUCAUCACCGAGGGCCACCUUUCGACAAACGCGAUCGAUGGCUUCUACUGCAAGGUCUACGACCCGGUGGAUGUCUCCGCCCUGCAACCGGAUCCCUUGCUCCGCAUGCAGCUGAACCAGUUGAAGAAAGGCGGCGUGGAGUUUUGGUUGGCCACCAACUCACCUCAGCACUUCGUCGCCCGUGUUUUGGAGGCUUUAGAGCUGGCUGAUGACUUUCAGGUGGUGUGUCCAUCUCAGUCCAACGGUUGGCUCAACAAACCAGAUCCCAGGUACUUUGAUCAGCUGCCCAUGGGCCGUUUCUUUGACGAUUCCCCGCAACACUGCAACGCCUGGAACGACCUUCGAAGCGACACGCCAGCCUACCAUGUGGCACGGGAGACGGAUGUCAUGACUCUUGUGGCCGACGCCCUGGAGGUGGUUCCCCAGUCCUGGCGUUUGCAGAAGGCUCCCUACUUACAGGCCAAAGAGCUUGAUGACUUGAAGAGCCUCAAUCAGGAUGUCUUAAGACGUCUCCGGCAGGAACUGGCAGCCUUCAAAGGUGAAGAAAUUCGAGUCUUGGACUUGGGCUGCGGCUUUCUCAGUAUGUUACCGCUGCUCUUGGAGCAGCUUGUACCUGCAGGUGCGCGGCUGCACUACCUGGGCGUGGACCGCGACGAGGAGCUGCUGACGGCGGCACAAGCACGGCUCGAGAAGAUGGCGGCACCGGAGCUGCAGGUGGAGCUGCAGUGCGCGGAUGCCGUGAGCGCAGUGAAGACCGCAGCGCCGCAAACCCUGGUCAUGGGCUGUUCCAUUCUAGACCUCAUUGACGUGAAGGCUUUGGCACUUGCCCUGCGCCAAUCACAGGCUGGCGCAUUGCUCUAUUUUCCCAUCCAUUAUGCGGGCACAACCUCCUUCAAAGGGCCACUAGCUGCCAUGGCUGAACCCUUAAGCAGCCGCUACAACGAGUCCUUAGAGACGCGUGGCCAGGUCCGGAAUGUCACUGCGCUCUACAGCUUCUUGGGGGAAGAAUUGGCCUCAGGCCCUUCAGACUGGCACCUCAGAGGCGACAAUCUCCUGCUGAAACAGCUGAUCUCGUUUAUGGCGACCAAUGCCUUAGGCUUCCAGCCGCUACAGACAUUGCGCGAGGCUGUCAAGGCCUUGCGGUGUCCCUUGGAGCCCAAUCAGCUGCUGCCAAGUGUGCAGCUCCAUGUCACGAACGUAGACUACCUGGGCCGUGUGCCCAAGACCGGCGCUGUACCGGGAGCAACUUCGGGGGCAAAGACCAAGGCCGCCGCGCGUACACGCCUGGCCGUGCAAUUCACAGCUCCUGGCAUUGCAGAAACCGUGCGGGAAACGAUGCCGCUUCCCGCGGCAGGAGAGGUGCUGGUGGUCACCACGAUGUCGGGGAUUUCUGCUGGCACUGAAAGGCGCAUGCUGCUGACGGGCUGCGAGGAGGGGGAACCCCUGGAUAGCAGCCUGAAGGACUUGCAAGGAAGCGGUUGGCCUUUGAGGUACGGCUACUGCUUGGUUGGCACCGUUGAGAUAGGCAGUCCUAGUUUGCCGCUGGGGAGCCGCGUAUUUUGCUUUCACCCGCACGCAAGCCAUGCAGUGGUGUCCGAAGACAGCCUGCAGAUCAUCCCCGAUGAUAUUCCAGAUGAAGAUGCCAUUUUCUUUGCCAACAUGGAAACUGCCUGUGCCCUGUGCCAGGAUGCUGCGCCCGUCCUGGGCGAACGGCUCGGCGUUUUCGGCGCCGGCGUAGUGGGUGCCCUGACGGCAGCGCUGCUGUCGAGAUUUGAGGUCACUGUUUUCGACCUCAACGACCGGCGCCUGCAACCGCUGCGGCGCUUCGGGGUUGCCACGGCCGCGAAGCUCGGCGCGUCCGGCGCGUCCGGCGCGUCCGGCUUCGACGUGGCGCUCGAGCUGAGCGGCGCCGGCGAGGCGCUGGGGCAGGCGAUACGAAGUACACGACGAGGUGGGAAAGUGGUCGUGGGCUCGCUGUACGGAAAAGAGGAGGUGUCGCUCGCCUUGGGCCUCUCCUUUCACCGCUCGGAAUUGACUUUGCUGACCUCACAGGUGAGUUUCGUGCGCGCUGCGUUGUCCACCCGCUGGAGCAAAGAACGUCGCGCGGAGCUGUCCUGGCAGAUGCUGCGGCAGCUGCGGCCCAAGGAGUGGAUGGACCUGCGAAAGGUCUCCGUUCGCGAGGCGCCCGAGGUCUACCAGCGCCUGGCGCAGGGCGCGGCCAAGGAUGACCCGGCGCAGUGGAUCUUCAGCUACGACAGCUACGACUGAGGCGAGCUUCGCGCGUAUUGAGAAGCGGUUCAGAAAACGGUGUGCCGCUGCGGCGAGCCGUUCCAGAAACUCAAUGUGGGCAGCAGGAAAAAAA